UUUACCAAAUGUUACUCUAGAUCCCAUUUUUAAGAAUCUGCUUGUGUUUUAUUUUAAUGCAGGGUCGUUUUAUGGUUAUCCACCACAGCAGUGCAAUGACUCCACUGGACAUUGUUGGUGUGUGAACAAAAUGGGAAGGGAAAGACCAGGAACCAGAACUCCACCUGGUACACAACCUGUGGAUUGCGACAAAGAAAGUCGUUUCUACAUGCGUCUGGAUACCGUCCGUGAUGGCCUCCACUCCUUACCUAUAACCAGGGCAUGGCAAGAAGUAGGUGACAGGGUGGAUGCUGCUUUCUUCUACUCCGACAAGAUGUACUUGAUUAAGGGUGAACAGGUUUACAUCUAUCUGGUAGAUUCCAAUUUCACCCUCAUUGGCGACCGUCCUCGAAGCUUGAAAUCUGAGCUGGGCAUUGAGGGACCUGUGGAUGCGGCUUUUCACUGUUUUAAUGACCACUUGGUUCAUAUAAUCCAAGGAAACAGAAUGAGAGACAUUAACCUUAUUGCCACGCCCAGGUUCAUCAUGAAAGAUCGGACUUUGCCGUUGUCCGAUAUUGAUGCUGGUCUGUGCGAUUCAGAUGGUGUUAAACUAUUUAAGGGCUCAGACUAUUACCACUUCCGUAAUGUUGAAUUAUUGGCUAGGGCAAAAAUUGCUCCUGAGCCGAAGAAGAUCACCUCAGCAAUGUUGGGUUGUGAGGAUUAAGAAUUGGAAUAAAGAUUUCACAGCACCUUACAA